AUGAGCACAGAUGCGGAGAUGGAGCAGUAUGGCCCGGCGGCCAUUUACCUCCGGAAGCCAGAGAAGGAGAGGAUUGAGGCUCAGACUGCUCCAUUUGAUGCAAAAAACUGCUCAUACAGAGGCAAGAAGAGGAUUGAAGCUCCACCCCACAUCUUCUCCAUCUCUGACAACGCCUAUCAGUUCAUGCUAACUGAUUGCCACCUUCAAUCUCAGUUGGCUGAGAUUGAGGAGCUGAGAGCAGCGCUGGCACAAACGGAGAGAGGACGCAAAGUGGCUGAACAGGAGUUGGUUGAUGCUAGUGAGCGUGUUGGAAUGCUUCACACACAGAACACCAGCCUUCUGAGCACCAAGAAGAAGCUGGAGGCUGACCAUGUCCAGGUUCAGGGUGAGGUGAUGCUGUUCAGGAAGAUAGAAACGGUGAGGAGAAAGCCAAAAAAGGCUAUCACUGAUGCUGCCAUGAUGGCUGAGGAGCUGAAGAAAGAGCAGGACACCAGCGCUCACCUGGAGAGGAUGAAGAAGAACCUGGAGGUCACAGUCAAGGACCUCCAGCAUCGUCUGGAUGAGGCUGAGAACCUCGCCAUGAAGGGUGGCAAGAAGCAGCUCCAGAAACUGGAGUCCAGGGUGCGUGAGCUGGAAGCUGAAGUUGACUAUGAGCAGAGACGUGGAGCUGAUGCUGUUAAAGGAGUCCGCAAAUAUGAGAGGAGAGUGAAGGAGCUGACCUACCAGGUCUGUAAAUCUUGGAUAUUCAUGGAAAGUGCAACCAUGAGUUCAGACGCAGAGAUGGAGGUGUUUGGCCCGGCGGCCAUUUACCUCCGGAAGCCAGAAAAGGAGAGGAUUGAAUCCCAGACAGCUCCUUUUGACGCCAAAUCAGCUUUCUUUGUGACUGAUCCUGAUGAUAUGUAUGUCAAGGGUAAACUUGUCAAAAGAGAGGGUGGCAAAGCCACAGUAGAGACACUAACAGGGAAGACUACCACUGUCAAAGAGAGCGACAUUUGUCCAAUGAACCCGCCAAAGUAUGAUAAAAUUGAGGACAUGGCCAUGAUGACCCACCUGAAUGAGCCUGCUGUGUUGUUUAACCUCAAAGAGCGUUUUGCAUCAUGGAUGAUCUACACCUACUCUGGCCUGUUCUGUGUCGUUGUGAACCCCUACAAGUGGCUUCCAGUGUACGAUGCUCAGGUUGUUGGGGCGUAUAGAGGCAAGAAGAGAGUGGAGGCUCCACCCCACAUCUUCUCUAUCUCUGACAAUGCCUAUCAGUUCAUGCUUACUGAUCGUGAAAACCAGUCUAUCCUUAUUACUGGAGAAUCCGGUGCAGGGAAGACUGUCAACACCAAGCGUGUCAUCCAGUACUUUGCAACAAUUGCAGUGGCUGGUGGAAAGAAAUCAGAGGCAUCAUCAGGAAAAAUACAAGGUUCGCUGGAGGAUCAAAUCAUUGCAGCUAAUCCUUUGCUGGAAGCCUAUGGUAAUGCCAAGACUGUGAGGAAUGACAACUCCUCUCGUUUUGGUAAAUUCAUCAGAAUCCACUUUGGCUCAACUGGCAAGCUGGCCUCAGCUGAUAUUGAAACGUAUCUGCUGGAGAAGUCUCGUGUCACCUUCCAGUUGUCUGCUGAGAGGAGCUACCACAUCUUCUAUCAGCUGAUGACAGGCCACAAGCCUGAGCUCAUUGAGGCUCUCCUGAUCACCACCAACCCCUAUGACUACCCAAUGAUCAGCCAGGGUGAAAUCACUGUCAAGAGCAUCAAUGAUGUGGAGGAGUUCAUCGCAACAGAUGAGGAGCAGGCCAACACUCACAUGUCCAGGCUCAGGAAGGUGCAGCAUGAGAUGGAGGAGGCUCAGGAACGUGCUGACAUCGCUGAGUCCCAGGUCAACAAGCUCAGGGCCAAGAGCCGAGAUGCUGGAAAGGUGAAAAACCUGACAGAGGAGAUGGCAUCUCAAGAUGAGUCCAUUGCCAAAUUGACCAAGGAGAAGAAAGCCCUCCAAGAGAGCCAUCAGCAAACACUGGACGAUCUCCAGGCAGAGGAAGACAAAGUCAACACUCUGACCAAGGCCAAGACAAAGCUGGAACAGCAAGUCGAUGACCUUGAAGGCUCAUUGGAGCAAGAGAAGAAGCUUCGUAUGGACCUCGAGAGAGCCAAAAGGAAACUUGAAGGAGAUCUGAAACUGGCCCAGGAAUCCAUUAUGGAUCUGGAAAAUGACAAGCAGCAGUCCGAUGAGAAAAUAAAAAAGAAAGACUUUGAAAUCAGCCAACUUCUCAGCAAGAUUGAGGAUGAACAGUCUCUUGGUGCUCAGCUUCAGAAGAAGAUCAAGGAACUGCAGGCCCGUAUUGAAGAGCUGGAAGAGGAGAUUGAGGCUGAGAGGGCCGCUCGGGCUAAGGUUGAGAAGCAGAGGGCUGACCUCUCCAGGGAACUUGAGGAGAUCAGUGAAAGACUUGAGGAAGCUGGAGGAGCAACAGCCGCUCAGAUUGAGAUGAACAAGAAGCGUGAGGCUGAGUUCCAGAAGCUGCGUCGGGACCUUGAAGAAUCCACCCUGCAGCAUGAAGCUACUUCAGCAGCUCUUCGCAAGAAGCAGGCUGACAGUGUUGCAGAGCUGGGAGAGCAGAUCGACAACCUCCAGAGAGUCAAACAGAAGCUGGAGAAGGAGAAGAGCGAGUACAAGAUGGAGAUUGAUGACCUCUCCAGCAAUAUGGAGGCUGUUGCCAAGUCAAAGGGCAACUUGGAGAAAAUGUGCAGAACUCUUGAGGACCAGCUGAGUGAGCUCAAAUCCAAAAAUGAUGAGAACGUGCGUCAGUUGAAUGAUAUUAAUGCACAGAGGGCAAGACUUCAGACAGAGAACGGUGAGUUUUCGCGCCAGCUAGAGGAGAAAGAAGCUCUUGUUUCUCAGCUGACUAGAGGAAAACAGGCCUUUACUCAGCAAAUUGAGGAGCUCAAGAGACACAUUGAAGAAGAAGUGAAGGCCAAGAACGCACUGGCCCAUGGUGUUCAGUCAGCCCGCCAUGACUGUGAUCUGCUCAGAGAGCAGUUUGAGGAGGAGCAGGAGGCAAAGGCUGAGCUGCAGAGAGGAAUGUCCAAGGCCAACAGUGAGGUUGCUCAGUGGAGAAGCAAAUAUGAGACUGAUGCUAUUCAGCGCACUGAGGAGCUGGAGGAGGCAAAGAAAAAACUUGCCCAGCGCCUUCAGGAUGCUGAGGAAUCCAUUGAGGCGGUCAACUCCAAGUGUGCUUCUUUGGAGAAGACCAAGCAGAGGCUGCAGGGGGAGGUGGAGGACCUCAUGAUUGAUGUGGAGAGAGCUAAUGCUCUGGCUGCCAACCUGGACAAGAAGCAGAGGAACUUUGAUAAGGUCCUGGCCGAGUGGAAACAGAAGUAUGAGGAGGGCCAGGCAGAGCUGGAAGGAGCCCAAAAGGAGGCCCGUUCUCUCAGCACUGAGCUGUUCAAGAUGAAGAACUCCUAUGAAGAGGCUCUGGAUCAGCUGGAGACCAUGAAGAGAGAAAACAAGAACCUGCAGCAGGAGAUCUCAGAUCUGACUGAACAGAUUGGUGAGAGUGGAAAGAGCAUUCAUGAACUGGAAAAAGCCAAGAAGACUGUGGAGACUGAAAAAUCAGAGAUCCAGACAGCCUUGGAAGAGGCUGAGGGAACUCUGGAGCACGAGGAGGCCAAGAUUCUCCGUGUUCAGCUUGAGCUCAACCAGGUCAAAGGUGAAGUUGACCGGAAGCUGGCAGAGAAAGAUGAAGAAAUGGAGCAGAUCAAGAGAAACAGCCAGAGGGUGAUUGACUCCAUGCAGAGCACUCUUGAUGCUGAGGUCAGGAGCAGGAAUGAUGCUCUGAGAAUCAAGAAGAAGAUGGAGGGAGACCUGAAUGAGAUGGAGAUUCAGCUGAGUCAUGCCAACAGGCAGGCUGCUGAGGCCCAGAAACAACUGAGGAAUGUCCAGGGACAGCUCAAGGAUGCCCAACUGCACCUUGAUGAUGCUCUCAGAGGACAGGAAGACAUGAAGGAGCAGGUUGCCAUGGUGGAGCGCAGAAAUGGUCUGAUGUUGGCUGAGAUUGAGGAGCUGAGAGCAGCUCUGGAACAAACGGAGAGAGGACGCAAAGUGGCUGAACAGGAGUUGGUUGAUGCUAGUGAGCGUGUUGGACUGCUUCACUCACAGAACACCAGCCUCAUGAACACCAAGAAAAAGAUGGAGGCUGACCUUGUCCAGGUUCAGGGUGAGGUGGAUGAUGCUGUUCAGGAAGCUAGAAAUGCCGAAGAGAAAGCCAAAAAGGCUAUCACUGAUGCUGCCAUGAUGUCUGAGGAGCUGAAGAAGGAGCAGGACACCAGCGCUCACCUGGAGAGGAUGAAGAAGAACCUGGAGGUCACAGUCAAGGACCUCCAGCAUCGUCUGGAUGAGGCUGAGAACCUCGCCAUGAAGGGUGGCAAGAAGCAGCUCCAGAAACUGGAGUCCAGGGUGCGUGAGUUGGAGGCUGAAGUUGAAUCUGAGCAGAGACGUGGAGCUGAUGCUGUUAAAGGAGUCCGCAAAUAUGAGAGGAGAGUGAAGGAGCUGACCUACCAGACUGAGGAGGACAAGAAGAAUGGGAUCAGACUUCAGGAUCUGGUGGAUAAACUGCAGCUCAAAGUCAAAGCUUACAAGAGACAGGCUGAGGAGGCUCAGAAGCAACGAGAGGAGCAGGCUGAGCCUGAUGGAACUGAGGAGGCUGACAAAAUCGCAUACCUCAUGGGUCUGAACUCAGCUGAUAUGCUGAAAGCUCUGUGCUACCCAAGAGUCAAGGUCGGAAAUGAGAUGGUCACCAAAGGUCAGACCGUCCCACAGGUGAAAAACCUGACAGAGGAGAUGGCAUCUCAAGAUGAGUCCAUUGCCAAAUUGACCAAGGAGAAGAAAGCCCUCCAAGAGAGCCAUCAGCAAACACUGGACGAUCUCCAGGCAGAGGAAGACAAAGUCAACACUCUGACCAAGGCCAAGACAAAGCUGGAACAGCAAGUCGAUGACCUUGAAGGCUCAUUGGAGCAAGAGAAGAAGCUUCGUAUGGACCUCGAGAGAGCCAAAAGGAAACUUGAAGGAGAUCUGAAACUGGCCCAGGAAUCCAUUAUGGAUCUGGAAAAUGACAAGCAGCAGUCCGAUGAGAAAAUAAAAAAGAAAGACUUUGAAAUCAGCCAACUUCUCAGCAAGAUUGAGGAUGAACAGUCUCUUGGUGCUCAGCUUCAGAAGAAGAUCAAGGAACUGCAGGCCCGUAUUGAAGAGCUGGAAGAGGAGAUUGAGGCUGAGAGGGCCGCUCGGGCUAAGGUUGAGAAGCAGAGGGCUGACCUCUCCAGGGAACUUGAGGAGAUCAGUGAAAGACUUGAGGAAGCUGGAGGAGCAACAGCCGCUCAGAUUGAGAUGAACAAGAAGCGUGAGGCUGAGUUCCAGAAGCUGCGUCGGGACCUUGAAGAAUCCACCCUGCAGCAUGAAGCUACUUCAGCAGCUCUUCGCAAGAAGCAGGCUGACAGUGUUGCAGAGCUGGGAGAGCAGAUCGACAACCUCCAGAGAGUCAAACAGAAGCUGGAGAAGGAGAAGAGCGAGUACAAGAUGGAGAUUGAUGACCUCUCCAGCAAUAUGGAGGCUGUUGCCAAGUCAAAGGGCAACUUGGAGAAAAUGUGCAGAACUCUUGAGGACCAGCUGAGUGAGCUCAAAUCCAAAAAUGAUGAGAACGUCCGUCAGUUGAAUGAUAUUAAUGCACAGAGGGCAAGACUUCAAACUGAAAACGGUGAGUUUUCGCGCCAGCUAGAGGAGAAAGAAGCUCUUGUUUCUCAGCUGACUAGAGGAAAACAGGCCUUUACUCAGCAAAUUGAGGAGCUCAAGAGACACAUUGAAGAAGAAGUGAAGGCCAAGAACGCACUGGCCCAUGGUGUUCAGUCAGCCCGCCAUGACUGUGAUCUGCUCAGAGAGCAGUUUGAGGAGGAGCAGGAGGCAAAGGCUGAGCUGCAGAGAGGAAUGUCCAAGGCCAACAGUGAGGUUGCUCAGUGGAGAAGCAAAUAUGAGACUGAUGCUAUUCAGCGCACUGAGGAGCUGGAGGAGGCAAAGAAAAAACUUGCCCAGCGCCUUCAGGAUGCUGAGGAAUCCAUUGAGGCGGUCAACUCCAAGUGUGCUUCUUUGGAGAAGACCAAGCAGAGGCUGCAGGGGGAGGUGGAGGACCUCAUGAUUGAUGUGGAGAGAGCUAAUGCUCUGGCUGCCAACCUGGACAAGAAGCAGAGGAACUUUGAUAAGGUCCUGUCAGAGUGGAAACAGAAGUAUGAGGAGGGCCAGGCAGAGCUGGAAGGAGCCCAAAAGGAGGCCCGUUCUCUCAGCACUGAGCUGUUCAAGAUGAAGAACUCCUAUGAAGAGGCUCUGGAUCAGCUGGAGACCAUGAAGAGAGAGAACAAGAACCUGCAGCAGGAGAUCUCAGAUCUGACUGAACAGAUUGGUGAGAGUGGAAAGAGCAUUCAUGAACUGGAAAAAGCCAAGAAGACUGUGGAGACUGAAAAAUCAGAGAUCCAGACAGCCUUGGAAGAGGCUGAGGGAACUCUUGAGCACGAAGAGGCCAAGAUUCUCCGUGUUCAGCUUGAGCUCAACCAGGUCAAAGGUGAAGUUGACCGGAAGCUGGCAGAGAAAGAUGAAGAAAUGGAGCAGAUCAAGAGAAACAGCCAGAGGGUGAUUGACUCCAUGCAGAGCACUCUUGAUGCUGAGGUCAGGAGCAGGAAUGAUGCUCUGAGAAUCAAGAAGAAGAUGGAGGGAGACCUGAAUGAGAUGGAGAUUCAGCUGAGUCAUGCCAACAGGCAGGCUGCUGAGGCCCAGAAACAACUGAGGAAUGUCCAGGGACAGCUCAAGGAUGCCCAACUGCACCUUGAUGAUGCUCUCAGAGGACAGGAAGACAUGAAGGAGCAGGUUGCCAUGGUGGAGCGCAGAAAUGGUCUGAUGUUGGCUGAGAUUGAGGAGCUGAGAGCAGCUCUGGAACAAACGGAGAGAGGACGCAAAGUGGCUGAACAGGAGUUGGUUGAUGCUAGUGAGCGUGUUGGACUGCUUCACUCACAGAACACCAGCCUCAUGAACACCAAGAAAAAGAUGGAGGCUGACCUUGUCCAGGUUCAGGGUGAGGUGGAUGAUGCUGUUCAGGAAGCUAGAAAUGCCGAAGAGAAAGCCAAAAAGGCUAUCACUGAUGCUGCCAUGAUGUCUGAGGAGCUGAAGAAGGAGCAGGACACCAGCGCUCACCUGGAGAGGAUGAAGAAGAACCUGGAGGUCACAGUCAAGGACCUCCAGCAUCGUCUGGAUGAGGCUGAGAACCUCGCCAUGAAGGGUGGCAAGAAGCAGCUCCAGAAACUGGAGUCCAGGGUGCGUGAGUUGGAGGCUGAAGUUGAAUCUGAGCAGAGACGUGGAGCUGAUGCUGUUAAAGGAGUCCGCAAAUAUGAGAGGAGAGUGAAGGAGCUGACCUACCAGACUGAGGAGGACAAGAAGAAUGGGAUCAGACUUCAGGAUCUGGUGGAUAAACUGCAGCUCAAAGUCAAAGCUUACAAGAGACAGGCUGAGGAGGCUGUAAGUGAAACA